AUGGGCGCAACUGUCGGUGCGACAUGUGGCGUGUUUUUGGGAACUUUUUCUGCUAUUAGCAUGGGAAUUCGUGGGCGCGAGCUACUUCGACACUUGGGAAAAAUAUCAUUAUCGGCCAGCGGCAGCUUUGGACUAUUCAUGGCUGUUGGAUCAGCGCUUAGGUGUUGA